AUGUCUCGCAUCAGCCUCUUUCGAAACCUCAAAGUAGCAGCUUCCAGGAGGCCGCCAUGUAUACGAUAUUCUAGCACAGAAGCAGCAAAGGAGCCAUCGCCAAUAAUGCAAGCUGUUUCCAGAGAACAAACAGAGAUCGUGUAUUCAGUCUUACAUCGCUUACGGAGAUCUGCCUUCCCACUAAUGCUCUGGCUGACUUUGGGAUCUAUAGCUUUAGAGCUUCGAUGGGCACGCAAUGAUUACCGUGAAUACAGACAGGAUGUGACAUCACGAACGAGACAUUUGGAACGUGAAUUGGAAAUGUGGAGGAGUAAAGUUUUGGGAAUAGAGUCCCCCGAAGCAUUAGAAACCACUGUCACGGCUGUGGUUGAGCCUCUUGAGAUUGUCAAGGUGGUAGAAGUCGCUAAUUCGGAAAAGGCCGUAACUGACGCUUCCACUUCCACUGCAUCAACACCACCAGCUAGUGAGUUUGGGUAA